UCAGACUGCUCUCUGCUGGACUGGAGGAUCCACACUGCAGACUGGAGAAACUCAAGUAUGUAGAGGGUUUAUGUCAAUGUUCAUAUCAGACAUGUUUGACUUAUCAGGCUAGUUAAGACAAACAUUCUGAACACCACUUGGACAAAGUUAUAUGCUGAUUGUGUGUGUCGGUGUGUGUGUGUGUGUGUGUGUGUGUGUGUGUGUGUGCGUGCGUGCGUGCGUGCGUGCGUGCGUGCGUGUGUGUGUUUGUGUGUGUGUGUGUGUGUGUGAGUUCAGGUGUAUCCCUCAAUGACUGUCUGUUCUUCUGCUUACCACUACAGUGUGGAAAAUGGUGGAGAGAACACAAUGAAACCUGGGCUUAGAAAAUAUGUCUGUGAUCUCACACUGGACCCAAACACAGUAAACAGACUCCUCUCUCUGUCUGAGGAGAACAGACAGGUGACAUGGAGGAGAGAGAAGCAGCCAUAUCCUGAUCACCCAGAGAGACUUGAGGACUGGGGACAGGUGCUGUGUAGAGAGGGUCUGACUGGGCGCUGUUACUGGGAGGUAGAGUGGAGAGGGAGGGCUGAUAUAGGAGUGACAUAUAAAGGAAUCAACAGGAGAGGAGGGGGUGAUGACAGUUAUCUUGGAUGGAAUGACAAGUCCUGGAGUCUGUUCUGCUCUGACAACAGUUACUCUGCCUGGCACAAUAAUCAUAGGACUAACAUAGUCGUCCCCUCCUCCAGCUCCCACAGAAUAGGAGUGUAUCUGGACUGGCCAGCCGGCACUCUGUCCUUCUAUAGAGCCUCCUCUGACACACUGACCCACCUGUACACAUUCACCUCCACAUUCACUGAGCCCCUCUAUCCAGGGUUUUGGGUUAGUGAUGAUGGCGACUCAGUUUUCCUGAAAUAAUAACCAUGGUAACUGUUAAGGGAAUUUGUAUCAGUAAUGACUAAUUAUGUAUUCAUUUCAAUCAGGACUGACUAAUCAGAAUACUAUUAUGUUACUGUAUAUGUAUACAUUUUCUUUUUAACCCUAGUACUGAAUGUAAUGUGUGUAAAUAUAAUCAAGAAUUAGAACAAUGACUCUGUUCCUUGGUAGAAAUGAAUGAACUAUAUAGCCAGACUGGCUAGAAUGCAUAUCUACACAGGCAGGCCUUGGCUCUGAUCGUAAAUGAUCUAAAUUAGGAUAGACGAUGUGGGAAGGCUUGAGAAGUAUACAGCCUUUGUACCAGUGUCAAGAAGAGACGGAACAGUUUAGAAAACGCUGACGUCAUUUUCAGUUUAUAAUCUGUGGUAAACUGUAUCAUGUUCAGUACUCUCGAGAAUAAACGCUGCUGGUUGAUUUU